ACAGCCAUUCGCGAUCCAUUGCCACAAUGGAAUCAUUUUUAAUGGAACCGUUUUUAAACAGCUCUUUGCAAAUACAAAUUCAACCAAAACAAAAUUUUCAUUUUCGUUUCGAAAGUGAAUUGAAAAAUACCCACGGCUUUAUAACGGGACGAGUCCGCGAUAUAUAUCCCAAAAUCCAAAUGAGAUUACCGGACAGUGCCAAUCUCAACGACAAUGGAAAGGUGAGACAGUUCUUUGUCUUAUGCUCACUACACUCGUACAACGAGGAGAAGAUCGCCGAGAAGAAGCCGCUUCACCUGUCGCCACACCUCCUGUUGCCCAAGAGUAAACGUAAAAUUGACUAUGCGUUCGUUUUUGAAAAGAUGAAGAAUUGCCAGGACGAUGUGACAGAUAGGUAUUGGGAGCUCGUCGAUCAUGUUAUUGUGCGAUCUGGAAAGAAAAACAACAAAUAUGGGAAGACGCUGCGGGCGAAGCAGCUUAAAUACGAAUCGUUGGGAUUGCCGCUGCCAUUCGAUAAGCUGCAGGGCGAUUUGGAUUUGAAUGAAAUCACUCAAAGUGCCGGCUUAAUUGUCUGUCUGGGAUUUACUAUAUUCGAACGAAUCGAUGACGAAACCUACCGCCUCUACAAAGAAACCAUCUACUCCGACCCAAUAUACCACGGUGAUGACCUGAAAAUACACGAUAUAUGUAACUUCAGCGGCAGUACAAGUGGUGGCCAGUUUGUGUACAUGCGAAUUAAGUUGCAGUCGGGAUACUGUUAUACGGUUCGUGUGUUUCUCGAUGUGGCUGGCAAGACGGUCUGGGAGAGUUAUGUCAAACCAAAGGAUACAUUCAUGAAUAGCAGUAUAAAAUUCGAGUUACCGCCCUACACAGGACCCGAUUUUUCUGAAGAUUCGAUCGAAGUGUCGAUGGAAGUCGUUGUAGAUCGCAGCACUUUCAAGAGUAGGCCGGUCAAAUUUACAUAUUCGAAAAGCGACAAUGCUGGAACGGCAGAGCAGGCAGCCGCCCGAAAAAGACCACGACUCUGUUCAACGAUAGUGCUGACACCAUGUAAAUCUUCGGCUAGCCUUUCCGAUUCGUUGCAACCGAUUGCAAUCGCACCAAAUAUUGGAGCAACAACGACCGAAAUCCCAAGUAGGCCGACCAAAAUGGAAGUUGUCGGACCGGCAACCGAUCAAAAUGUUUCAACCACUACCUUCUCGCAAUCUUCUGAGAAUCCGAUAAUUGAUAAUUUUUCAUCACAGACCUACUCUGCAUCAACGGUUAGUCUUUCCGAUUUGGAUUUGGAACAAUUGUACCAAAGCCUAAUGGAGCCUGACUUGUUAUUAGAGGAACCCCCGAGUGAACAAGGGAAUAAUGAAUAUGUCUCGCAAGAUAGAGCAGUAACGCCCAAACCAAUAAAGGAAGAUAUCAAUGUCCAACACCAGAAGCAAGAGAAGAAAAGAAGAGAAAUAAAUGAAAUAAAGAAACGGAUUGAAAAAUAUUUGAAUGAUGCAGCCCAAGAUAUUACCAUCCCGCCUAGUAUUCUAUCGAAUAAAUUUGGCAACACCAUUUUCCAUGACGCCGUAUUGAAUGCGUCUACAUUGCUCGCCCUGCGCAAUGGUGUCAAGAAAUCUACGCACAAGGAUCUGGUCCUGAAAACUCGCAACAAAUUGCGGCACAAUCUGCUGCACUAUGCCUGUCUCCACGACAAGUCGGAAGCUAUAAGACCACUGGUAGGCAUGGGCAUUGCUCUGCACGAACAGGAUAAAAGUGGCAACACUCCAUUGCACUUGGCCAUCGUUAAUCGCCGCAGCGAUUGCAUUCUACAAAUACAAGAACUACUGCAGAUAUACGGCGCCUACGAUGAAAACGUCCUCGCAUCAAUGGUCAAGAUGACCAAAGUCUACAAUCGGCAGGGCUAUACGGUACUGCAUUUGGCCCUAUUGGAAAAUCUGCCGGAGUUGCUGGGAGUUCUUUUGGAAUUUUGCCAGCAGAAACAAAUCGAUGUCACCGAAUACGAAGUAUUGGGCAGCGGCGAUUCUCUUGGACAUUUGGCGGUGAAAACAAAGGCCUCUACGGAAAUGCUGAAAGUGCUUGAGGAGCAUGUACCAAAAUAUUUGCUCAUCGAGAACUAUGCAGGCGAUACCGCCGCCGCAACCGAUGAAAUCGAGGAGAUAUCUGAUGAAAUGGAGAUGAAAUUGAAUUUCGAAUAAGAAAAUGUAGAAUUAAAUGAAUAAUAAAGAAUAAAACAAAACGAUUUCAUGUGUAUUGGGUUCUCUUGAUGAAAUGGAGAUGAAAUUGAAUUUCGAAUAAGAAAAUGUAGAAUUAAAUGAAUAAUAAAGAAUAAAACAAAACGA